UCACCUACUCCUUAUAUUUUCCACUCUCUCUCUCUACUUCUCAACAAUCACACACAAAACAGAGAGAGAGAGAGAGAGAAAAGCACAGCAGUUUCUGGGUUUGUUUUGUAAUGGACAAACACAGGUGUAAGCUCUGUUUCAAGAGCUUUAUCAAUGGCAGAGCUUUAGGUGGACACAUGAGAUCUCACAUGUUGAAUCUCUAUGUUCCACCAAAACCAGAACAACAAUCACAACAACAACCCAAUGAAAUGGGUCAACUCGGUGAAGAGACUGAGUCCGCUUCAUCGUCUUCGUCUUCUUCUUCAUCAUCUUCAGAAGAAGAGAAUGACGAGAAAGCAUUGUUGUCUUAUGGGUUGAGAGAAAAUCCAAAGAAGAGCAUUCGCUUAGUAGAUCCCGAGUUCUCUUUCGCAGUCGAUGCUGCUGGGUCUGGUGGCUCUGUAAUUCUUCAAGACAGAGAGAGCGAGACCGAGUCUUCGAAGAACCCAAUUCGCCGCCGAUCCAAACGAAUUCGUAGAUCAGGAAUUCCACAUCACCAUCACAAUCACCAUUGUCAGGACCAAAAAACCCAGAAAGAGUCGCCAAUGAAGAGGCCUAAAUCAGGAAAACUGGGUUCGCCGGAGCAGCAGCAGCAGCUUCCUCCGCCGCCGUGUACGGCGGAGCCGGAGGCGGUGAGUUCAAUCUCCGACACCACUCCAGAAGAAGACGUUGCGUACUGUUUGAUAAUGAUGUCGAGAGACAAAUGGAUGAGAGACGAAGAACAAGAACCAGAACCAGAGUAUGAAGAUGAUGAUGAUGAUGAAACAGAGGAGUCUGAUGAGAUUGAGGUCGAACGCAAACAAAGCAAAGUUAAUAAGAUCUCUCGAGCCAAGUACAAAUGCGAGACUUGUCACAAAGUGUUUCGAUCUUAUCAAGCACUUGGUGGGCACAGAGCGAGUCACAAAAAAGCUCGAGCUCACAACAAUGGAGUUUUGAAUCAAACCCAUGAAGCAUCAUUGCAGGUUGUUGAAAAUCGAAAUGUGGGUGUUUCUGAAGAGAAAAUCCAUGAAUGUCCUGUUUGUUAUAGAGUUUUCUCAUCUGGGCAAGCACUUGGUGGGCAUAAGAGAUCACAUGUUACUGGUUCUUCAACUACUAUUACUACUACUACUAUUAAUCAUCCUCCGAAACAGCCGUUGAAAUCUGUUGAAACCUUGAUAGAUCUUAAUCUUCCUGCUCCGAUUGAUGACGAUGAACUUAGCCAAAUCGAGCUCUCUGCUGUUUCUGAUGCUGAAUUUGUCAACCAAUUCAAGCAUUGAUUCGAAGCUGAUUUAGAAAAUCCAUUAAUGGAGGAACCAGAGGAAUUUAUUUCAUUGCCAAAUCUACUGUAGACAAGGUGUAAAAAUAAAUAAUCAAAUUGACAAUAGAUAAGA